GUCCUGCCGCUCUCUCCAAAGUUGCGCUCUGCGUUUCCGCUCGUCUGAGACUUCGUUUCAUCAUAACACCAGACAAACCAUGAGCACGUAACACUUUAAUUUCACAUUUGAAAGAUAUUCUUUCAAACAAACUCUCAGGAUGUCACUCCGAAUCCGGGCAGGAUUUUAUCGUCAGGAUAUAAACAAGACCGUUUGGGACGUACCGGAGAGAUACAGCGAUCUCAUCCAAAUAGGAACCGGAGCGUACGGGACAGUUUGUUCAGCCAAUGACCGUAAGACAGGAGUGCGUGUGGCCAUCAAGAAGCUUCACAGACCGUUUCAGUCCAGACUGUUUGCCAAACGUGCCUACAGAGAACUACGACUCCUCAAGCAUAUGAAACAUGAGAAUGUCAUUGGGCUACUGGAUGUCUUUACAUCAGAAAUCUUGUUGGACAGAUUUCAGGACUUUUACCUGGUGAUGCCGUAUAUGGGCACAGAUCUGGGAAAACUGAUGAAGAUGGAGAGGCUAUCAGAGGACAGGGUUCAGUUUUUGGUCUAUCAGAUAUUGAGAGGACUGAAGUAUAUUCAUUCAGCCGGGAUCAUUCACAGGGAUCUCAAACCAGGAAAUCUUGCAGUGAACCAGGAUUGUGAGCUGAAGAUCCUGGACUUUGGACUUGCACGACAAGCAGAUUCAGAAAUGACGGGUUAUGUUGUUACUCGCUGGUACAGAGCACCGGAGGUUAUCCUAAACUGGAUGCACUACUCACAAACAGUUGACAUCUGGUCGGUGGGCUGCAUCAUGGCAGAGAUGUUACUUGGGAGGCCACUUUUUAAAGGAAAUGACCAUCUGGACCAGCUGAGAGAAAUCAUGAAAAUCACAGGAACGCCAGCGCAGGACUUCAUUGCGAAACUACAAAGCCAAGACGCCAAAAACUACAUCAGAGGUUUACCCAAAGUGCCAAAGAAAGACUUAAGCACAAUUUUCUUUAAAGCCAGUUCAGACGCCGUGAGCGCUCUAGAACGAAUGCUGGUUCUGGAUCCAGAAAAACGCGUCAGUGCUGCAGAAGCUCUUGAGCUUUCACUGUUCACCGAGUUCAGAGAACCUGAGGAGGAGACGGAGGCGCUGCCAUACGAUCACUCCAUGGACAACACAGAGCUGCCUCUGGAUCAAUGGAAACGUCACACAUUUACAGAGAUCCUAUCAUUUCAACCACCCAUCACAGAGAUCAGAGACUCCAAAGAAACAUGUCUAUGAAUGGACACACACACACACACACACACACACACACACACACACACACACACACACACACACACACACACACACACACACACACACACACACACACACAAAGAUAAAGACUAACUGAGCACUAUGUGCUUCUCUGUGAGAGAAAAUUUUGAAUAAAUAUAAGCUUUAAAACUUUUUGAUACAAUAUUGCUCAGUAACAAGACUCUACAUUGUUACAAGCUCAAAAAAGUUCUUAAAUGAUGUAAAUAUGCAAAACAAUAUACAGAGUACACAACACACUUAAAAAUAAAGCUUACUAAAGGGUUCUUGGUCAGGCAUAAAGAAAAUGUAACAUUUACAGAAACAUUUGUUGCACAGGUUAAUAAAAAGUAAGAUACUUAUGUUUUUUUAUUGAAUGAAAGGUUCUUUAGGGAAACAAAAAUGUUUCUUCUUUCGCAUUAGUCUUUUGCAAGAGUGUGAGCUUUGAUUUAAGUGUGCCAUUAUCAUCAUUUAAAUUACUGUUUAUUGAUAAAAUAUAUUGUGAAUGAUGAUAUGGUUUCAUAAAAUAAAUAAAUCAUUACAAUGAGUUUCUCA